AAUAGGAAAAUUAAUUUAUUUCAUUAUUUACUGUACGCAAUUAUUUAUUUACAUAAUAUUAAAGUUUUCUAGACCGUCUAUUAUUUUUGAGAAGCAUUUUGGCAGGAUAUUUUGUUAGGUGUUUGGUUAAGUGAUCGUAGAUUAAAUAUGUUCUCGAACAAGGUAGUAAUUAUAACUGGAGCUAGCUCCGGCAUUGGGGCUAAAACCGCUUUGGAUUUCUCAAAAUUAGAAGCAAAAUUAGUUCUAACAGGCAGAAAUAAGCAGAAUUUAGAUGAUGUAGCGAAACAGUGCGAGGAAGUUUCUCCAAAAAAACUGAAACCACUUACAGUAGUAGCUGAUAUGACGAAGGAAAAAGAUAUUGAAAAUAUAAUAAAAGCAACGAUAGAUUUCUACAACAAACUUGAUGUACUUAUUAAUAAUGCUGGUAUUUUGGGAUCUGGUACAAUUGAAACAACGUCAUUACAACAAUAUGAUAGUAUCAUGAAUACUAAUAUGCGAGGUCCAUAUUACUUGACGAUGUUGGCUACUCCUCAUCUCAUAGCAAGUAAAGGGAAUAUUGUUAAUUUAUCUAAUGUAUCAGGUUUAAGAUCCUUUCCAAACAUCCUCGCUUACUGCGUAUCUAAAGCUGCCCUAGACCAGUUCACGAGAUGCGUUGCUCUUGAGCUAGGGCCAAAGGGUGUCCGAGUCAACGCUGUCAAUCCAGGUGUAAUAAUUACGGGGAUUCAUUUGAAAGGAAGUAUGACUGAACAGGAGUAUGAAGCUUACUUGAAGAAAUGUAAAGAAACUCAUGCUUUGUGUAGACCUGGAUACCCUAAUGAGGUAUCAUCAGUGAUUACAUUUUUGGCUAGUGAUGCUGCUAGUGAUAUAACAGGAGCUACACUACCAGUUGACGGUGGUCGACAUGCUAUGUGUCCUCGAUAAAUAUUAGAAAUUGAAGUUUCUGAAAUUCAUACAUAUUAUUAAAUUUUAUCCCUACCUAAUAAGUAACAAAGCAUCGAAUACGUAUUGAUAUAAAUUUUAUUGAUUAAUAUUUAUAAAAUUGUUAAUACAAUUUCAUUUUACUUAGUUGAAUUAGUAUAAGUAUUUACAGUAACAAUGUUGAUAUAUUUUUAAUAAAAAGGUUAUUAGUUGAUAUUUUGUCUAUAAACUAUAGAAGAUAUAAAGGAAAGGAAAUAAUAAUAAGUUAAAAUCCGAAUAACAGAGGUAACU